AUGACACAAACUCAAUCAGGAGAGGAUCCAACAGAAGUACAAAACUCCAGUUUGUCAUCGUCCAUGUAUAGCUGUGAGAAUUUACCAAACCAUGUAGUAACUAUUGUAAUGGUUCCAUUUCCAGCUCAAGGUCAUCUUAACCAACUUCUCCAACUUUCAUGUUUGAUCUCCUCCUAUGGUCUUCCUGUCUACUAUGUUUGUUCAGCCACACAUAAUCGUCAAGCCAGGAUUCGAGCUAACGCGUUAAAUCCUUCAGACAUAGCCAAAAUUCACUUCCAUGACCUUCCAACUCCUGAAUUUGACUCACCAUCACCUGACUUUAAUGCCUUGAGCAAAUUCCCAUCACAUCUUCAACCAUUGUGGGAUGCUUCUAUGCUUCUUCGCGAGCCCAUUGCUUCUUUCUUAGGCGAUAUUUCAUCAAAAGCAAAACGGGUCAUUGUUGUUCAUGAUCUUUUAAUGUCCUAUAAUGUUCAGGAUGUUUCUUCUUUGCCCAAUGUGGAAUCCUAUGUAUUUAACUGCAUUUCAGUUUUCACUUCAUUCUGUUUGCAAAGCUUAUCAGGUGGCAGGAUGUCUAUACAACAUGAAGAAGAAUUGCUUAAAAAGCUACCCUCCCUUGAAGGAAUUGCUACAGAUGAAGCCAGGGACUUUUCAGCUUCUCAGCGUCGGUAUAUGGAUAUUAGAUCAGGUGAUAUCUAUAAUACAAGCAAAGUAAUUGAAGGUAAGUUUCUUGAUUUGUUGACACAAGUAGCAAGUGAUCAGAACAAGAAAAAUUGGGCAAUUGGACCAGUUUUGCCUACUAAACUAGAUCGUAUCUCGAAUAGGGAGAAUAUAUGUUUGGAUUGGCUUAACAAACAACCUCCAAGAUCAGUUCUUUAUGUAUCUUUUGGAACAACAACUUCAUUUUCCGAUAGGGAAAUCAAGGAGCUUGCAAUGGGAUUAGAGCAGAGUAAACAGAGGUUUAUAUGGGUGUUGAGAGACGCCGAUAGAGGAGAUAUCUUUACUGAGGAAGCUAGGAAAGUUGAGUUGCCUGAAGGGUUUGAGGAAAGAGUAAACGGGGUCGGGUUAGUGGUAAGAGAAUGGGCACCACAACCAGAAAUAUUGGCUCAUUCGUCUACAGGCGGGUUCAUGAGUCAUUGUGGAUGGAAUUCUUGUAUAGAGAGCAUUACUAUGGGGGUUCCUAUAGCUGCUUGGCCUAUGCACUCUGACCAACCAAUGACUGGUUUCUUGGUGACGGACGUGUUAAAAAUAGGCCUGAUUGUGAGGGAGUGGGAGAAACGCGAGGAGUUGGUGAAUGCAUCCACCAUUGAGAAUGUUGUGAGGAAGUUGAUGGCAUCAGAAGAAGGCAAUGUUAUUAGAAAAAGAGCAGAAGAAUUGGGAGAAGCUGUAAGGCAGUCCACAGAGAAAGGGGGAGCUUCUCGAAUGGAGAUGGAUUCUUUCAUCGCGCAUAUCACAAGAUAGACUUCAUU